AUUUCACCGUUUUCUUGAUGUGAACAGUCACAAAGUAGAGAGGACGAUAGAAGGAAUACAUGAAAAAUUGAUAGUUCAUUCUGACCUUGGAAAAGCCGCAAGCUGGAAAAGACUAACAGAAAAAUUUCUGAACUCACCACUCCCAAGUAUUGAAGAAACAAAGACAGAUACACACUAUUCCAUACUGUCUCUUCUGUUGUGUUUGUCUGAUUCUCCAUCCAACACCACCUAUGUGGAAAAACCAAGAGUCAAAGAAGUGGAAAAGGAAGAAGAAUUUGAUUGGGGAAAGUAUCUGAUGGAAGGAGAAGAAAUUUACUUUGGCCCAGGCAUAGAUACACCAGAUUGGUCUGGAGAAAGUGAAGAGGAGGAAGACACUCAGCCUUUGAGCAGGGAGGACUCGGGUAUUCAAGUAGACAGGACACCUUUAGAGGACCAAGAUCCAAAUAAGAAAACAGUACCCAAUGUUUCCUGGAAAGUUGGUGAACCUGAUGCCCGCAGCUGGCUGGAGCAACAUGUAGUUCCUCAGUACUGGACAGGAAGAGCUCCUCGCUUUUCACAUAGUUUGCACUUGCAUUCCAACCUAGCUGCAGUCUGGGACCACCACUUGUACGCCAGUGAUCCUUUAUAUGUGCCAGAAGAGAGAACAUUGGUCACUGAAACUCAGGUUAUACGGGAAACUCUUUGGCUACUUUCAGGAGUGAAGAAGCUUUUUAUAUUUCAGCUGAAUGACGGAAAAGUGGCUGUGCGGAAUGAUAUUAUUGUAACUCAUUUAACCCAUAAUUGCCUGAGAUCUGUAUUGGAGCAGAUAGCGGCAUAUGGUCAAGUUGUGUUUAGACUACAGAAAUUUAUUGAUGAAGUGAUGGGACAUGGCCCAGAAAGCAUGAUGCAUGGGACAGUUUCCACUCCAAAGAAAACUACCGAAGCCCCAUUCAGAACCUACCAAGCUUUUAUGUGGGCCCUGUAUAAAUAUUUCAUUAGCUUUAAAGAAGAACUUACUGAAAUUGAAAAAUGCAUAAUCAACAAAGAUAAAACAGUCACACUUUCAAUAGUAAUAGAUAAGUUGUCUCCCCGACUGGCACAGCUGAAGGUUCUUCACAAAGUUUUCAGCACAGGAGUAGCGGAAGUGCCACCUGACACUAGAAAUGUUGUACGAGCAUCUCAUCUGCUUAAUACUCUCUACAAAGCUAUACUCGAAUAUGACAGUGUUGGCGAAGCAUCUGAGCAAACGGUAUCUCUUCUGUUCUCUCUCUGGGUGGAAACUGUGAGGCCAUACUUGCAGACGGUGGAUGAGUGGAUAGUCCAUGGUAAUUUGUUUGAUCCUGCAAAGGAAUUUAUCAUUCAGAGAAACAAAAAUGUUCCAGUCAAUCACAGAGAUUUUUGGUAUGCUACCUACACAUUAUACAGUGUGUCAGAGAAGACGGAGAAUGAGGAGAAGAUGAGUGAUAACGCCAGUGCCAGUUCUGGUAGCGAUCAGGCCCCUUCAAGCAGGCAACACACUAUGGUGUCUUUUCUGAAACCUGUGCUAAAGCAAAUUAUCAUGGCUGGAAAAUCCAUGCAGCUGUUGAAGAAUCUUCAAUGCAAAGAUGGCUCUCCGCAGCAGGCUGCAUCAAGAGAUGCUGAACGAAAGAGUUUGUAUACACUGUUCUUGGAAUCAGUGCAGUCUCGCCUGCGGCAUGGGGAAGAGUCUGUUCCAGAUAUUAUUACAGAACAGCAGGCCACAAAGCAGAGCCUGAUAAAGAUGCAGUCUAUAGCAGAAAGACACUUGGAACUGGAUGAUGUCCAUGACCCACUGCUGGCUAUUAAUUUUGCCAGAUUGUAUUUGGAACAGAGUGACUUUCACGAAAAGUUUACUGGUGGAGAUGUUUGUGUGGAUAGAUCCUCAGAAUCAGUCACCUGCCAGACUUUUGAACUGACAUUGAGGUCUUGCCUUUAUCCGCACAUAGACAAGCAAUACUUGGAAUGCUGUGGCAAUCUGAUGCAAACGUUAAAGCAGGAUUAUAGGCUUGUAGAAUAUUUGCAGGCAAUGAGAAACUUUUUCUUACUUGAAGCUGGAGAUACCAUGUAUGACUUCUAUACAUCUAUUUUUGACAAAAUUAGAGAAAAGGAAACUUGGCAGAAUGUUGCGUUCUUAAAUGUUCAACUUCAAGAAGCAGUUGGGCAACGCUAUCCAGAGGACAGUUCAAGGUUGUCUAUAUCAUUUGAAAGUGUUGAUACAGCAAAGAAGAAACUCCCUGUACACACCUUAGAUGGUUUGACAUUGAGUUACAAGGUUCCUUGGCCAGUGGAUAUAGUUAUAAGCUUAGAGUGCCAAAAAAUUUACAAUCAAGUUUUUCUGCUCUUACUGCAAAUAAAGUGGGCCAAGUAUAGUCUAGAUGUUUUACGAUUUGAUGAACUAGUCUGUGCUGCAGAAAACUCACAAGUUAAGGAAGGAACAUCAUUAGAACAAGGAAUGCUUCCUCUAUUUGAACCACAAACAGAAAGUAUAAAACGACAAAUACAUCGCAUGUUCCUCUUAAGAGUGAAACUUAUGCAUUUUGUUAACAGCCUGCACAACUACAUCAUGACUAGGAUUCUUCACAGUACAGGCUUGGAGUUUCAGCAUCAGGUAGAAGAAGCCAAAGAUUUAGAUCAGUUGAUAAAGAUUCAUUACAGAUAUCUAUCUACAAUUCAUGAUCGCUGCCUACUGAGAGAAAAGGUGAGCUUUGUGAAUGAAGCUAUAAUGAAAGUGUUAAAUUUAGUACUGAUGUUCGCAGACCGUUGGCAGGCUGGUUUGGGGGCGUGGAAGAUGGAAUCCAUAGAGAAGAUGGAAUCUGAUUUUAAAAACUGUCACAUGUUUCUUGUAACUGUUCUCAACAAAGCUGUCUGUCGAGGAUCUUUUCCACACUUGGAAUCUUUAGCUUUGUCACUGAUGGCUGGCAUGGAACAAAGUUAACACCUGAAUCCGUUGAAUUUCUAAAGAAAUGAAAGCAGCAUUUAUGUUGAAAUUCUCUUGUUAAAAAACCGUAAGCAUUUUACACUCAUUUGAAAUGUGUAUAGCGAAAUGAUGCUGAUGGUUUGGAGCUGUGUAAAAUAUUUUAAAAUGUAAAUAAUGUAUAGGUAUUUGAAUGUAUUGGUUGUGGCAGUAUUUUUCUCUGUAUCUAUAUGCUUCAACAUCCAAAAACAUGUACAGUGUAAAAUUCAUCCUGUGUAAACAGUCUUACUUGAAAAUACAUAAAAUGUACUUCG